AUGUAUGAAUCUGAUGCCUUUCUGUCGGGCUCAGUCAAUUUUCACCUGAUGUCUCAAGUCACGAAUACUACCACUGGUAUCAGUAAUAAUAAUAACAGUAAUAACACGCCAUGGAACAGAACUCCCGGUAAACCUGGUAUUGGCACUGGUGGUACUGUUAAUUCUUAUCCAACAUUUUCAACGCCUUCAAAUAUUCCAUGGUCUACAACUAGAAAUGAUGCUGUAGAUUUAAUACAAGGACGUGGUCAAAUUGAAGAUACAAUUGAUAAAAUUCCAAAAAUUCACUCUUUGAUGUCCUAUGAUAAUAAUCCAAAAACUUCCGAUACUACUAUUACUACAGGUGGUGGCGUUGGUCAGAUGUGGCCUCUUCCUGCAAUUUUCGACUCAAACCGGAAUUCUGAUCGUAAUGCUGUUGUCGGUGGUGGUGGGGUAGGAGAGGUAGGCGGAGAAUUUUUACCUCAGGAAUCAACUACAACUGAUAACCAGUGGGCAACCACACCUUUUUCAGGUCAAACAACUUCAAAUGUCAGCUCUCUAUUAGGUUCACCUAAUACAUUUCCUAUCAGUAAUAAUCAUAUACAAGUUCAUAAUCCAUGGUCUUUCGAUAAUCCAAAUAAUAAUUGUUCUAUUACUGCGCCUCGAGCAAUUACUGGUCAACAAUUAAACAAUGUUGUAACCUUAGCAAACACACCGUCAGACACAUUGAAUUCAGAUCGUUCUCGUCGUUAUAUGCAGCAUUGGACAACAUUGAAUAAUGAACAAGAUUUGUUAAAUGACGAUCGAUCUGGAUUGGCUUUUCCUUUAUCAAGUAUAAACAUUAAUAAUAAUAGUAAUAAUUCCGUCAGUGGAUUCGGCAAUCCUUCUGAUUUUAUUGAAAAUCAGUCACUUUCUUCUAACAUAAACAAUAAUGCACGAGGUAGUAACAAGUUAUCAGAAUUUGAUAUUGGACAAACUAGUUUAAAAAAGUCUAGUUCUGAUAUCGACUCUUCGGUAUGUGAUACCGAGGAAGCUAUUCGCACUGCGGUUAAUACUACUGAACCAUGGGGUAUUCAUCCAGUUGAUCAAAGCACACCAUGGAAUUGUUCUGAAGCAAAUGGUGACUGCUUGCCAAUACAUUCCUCUGGACCGAUUACAGGAUCUCCACCUGUGAGUGAAACUUCUGCUGCAUCACGAAUUUCAGGUCAUAAUCAAUCUAGUGGAGUGUCAACUAUCCAGCCGACAGGUUCUCAGUCAUCUUUACAUUCCAGGCGUCUUAGCUCCACUGCUUCUUCAUUUAACAGAGAUCUGGAAUCAAAUGUUUGGCCAAGUGAACCUCCAAAUGGUACUGGGAUUUGGGAGUCCCAUUACGAAAGUCUUGGUGAAAGAACUGCCCGAUGGCAUCAAAAUAGUGGUAAUUCUACACAAACAUCUCAGGCUCCAUUUUUAUCACAACUUAUCAAUCCUCCUAACUUCACUUCUAAUCAAAUUUCACAUCCCACUAUUAGAUCUCGACCUCAACAAGGUCAACUGCCAGCAAGUACUGAAAGUUUUCGUGGAAUCAAUCGUGCGGUCCCAGGGACUAUAUUUCCUGUAGGACAACCACCUUCAAAUUCAAGUGUUAUGAAUUUGGGAACAAGACCGAUUUUCGGUGGAAAUCAUCCAAUAGGACCUGUUAAUAGUAAUAUAGCGGGAACCGGUAGUGGUGGUGGUUCAUCUAGAAGCUUCCCAAUAGCUAAUCCGGUGAAUCUAGGUUCAGGAGUUUCUUGGCCCUAUACCUCGGGAACACAACCAGUUGACCCUUCUGUUCCUGGGAUUAAUUUUGGUAAUAAGUCUCGGUGGCCCGGACAGAAUAUGAAUCGUUUACCUGGUAAGCAACAACAUCCAACACCCCAUGUUUUGCCUAAUAUGACUUCUACUGGUAUGAGAUGGCCUCCUGGUGCAACAACUACACAUAUGCAAGGCAUAUGGCCACAUACAGACCAACGACGCCCAGGUACUGUUCCAGGACCUUGGUCAACUAAUGCAUCUGGGAUGGAUAGUGGUAGUGCUGGAGGAUUUUUCAAUCAACCUACUCAAAGCCUAGCUCCUCGAGUUUCGCAACAGAUUGGUACCUCAGAGUUUCCUUCGUCAUUAACUCCUGCUAGGGGUGUAAACCAGUCAUUUAGAACGCCUCAAAGUGCCUUCUAUCCACCCAUAACUCCCGGUUUUUCGUCAACACCUAUGUCACAACGUAUGUUUAUGAGUCCACAACAGCAUUCACAUCAAUUACAACAACAGAGUAUGAUUCGUGCCCAUGUGAUGCGUCAACUUUUUAACUUGGGUUUUACUGAAGAUGAAAUACAACCUAUAUUCGCUGAUACAAAUACAAAUGUGGAACGAGCAUUGAUUGAUUUACGUGAUCGAUCAGGCCAUCCAGGCAUUGAUGAAUUAAUCAAUGCAUUGAGACCAAUCACAUCCAAUUUGUUGCCUACACCUAAUUCAAAUGAUGUUAGACAACAGUCAGAUCUUCCUGGACAAAGUACAAAUCCCAAUCGUUCUAUGAAUGCAAUGAGAGGAAAUGAGAUGAUGAAAUCCAAUAUAUCAGUUAGUAAUAAUAAUAAUAAUAAUCAACCUACAGAAAAUUUAGAAUUAUCAUUACAAUUAUUACAACAACGUGAAACACAAAUACUUCAAACCAUUGUACAAUUACAUUCAAAACAUCAAGAUUUAAAUCAAAAACUCUCACAUAUACGUUCAGCAACUAAUGUUCCAUUUGCUACAAAUCCUGUUAUACAUGAAUUACAGUUACAAGCAUUUCAAGUUGGUCAACAAAUCGAUGCUCAACAGGCUCAAUUAAAACAUGUACGUAGUCAAGCUGGUAUGCUACGACAGAUUACUAUGUCCUCAUCGAAUUUAUCUAAUCCAUCUCAAAAUUUAAACACUACUAAUAUUACCACUGUUACACCAUCAUCGUUAUUAACAAGUAGUGGCGUGAUUGUUGGCGGUGGUACUACUGGUCAAUCGGUUACUAAUGUACAACACCUAAUUCCUAAUUGUUUAACAGGAACAACUAAUCCAGUUAAUUGUGGUGGAUUUAAUUUAUUGACUAACAGUAAUAGUUCAUCAUUAUCGUCGACCUCUGCAUUAUCAUCAUCAUGGUGUCCUAUUUCAACACAAAGUGGCAGUAUGAUUAGUGGUUGUAGCAAAACAAAUCAACCAUUAAAUAUUUCUGUAGUCGGUAAUAAUAGUAAUGGUACGGAAAAUAUUGAUUUUCUACCGGAUCAAUCAAAUUUCAAUAUGAAUUCUUUAUUAUGGGAAUCUAGUCCUUGGUCAGGUUCUAGUCCACAAUUACACGAGAAUUUUUCAAAUAAUCGUAAUGCAUUAGCAACUGACAGGCGUUGGACACCCUCUGGCAGUAGUAGUGGUGGUGGCAAUGGCGGAGUUGUUGGUGGCGUCAGCGGUAAUAAUAGCAGUAGACUACCACCACCAUUUAUAUCAUCUCAACUCUCAUCACUUGGUGAUCCUAGAUGGUCAGAUAUGAUUAAUGAUGUCACUAAUUCAAUGAAUGAUACAAGACGACAAUCGUUUGGUGCUGGCGUUAGUGAAAUUGACGAAAUACACAACAGUGGAAUAGAUUAUCAUCCUAUAAUUCCCAUUUCUAUAUCGAGUAAAUCAUGGCUUCUAGCGCAUAACAUUCCACCGCAUAUAUCAGUCGGAAUGUUAAAAAUGACUGUGUCCUCAGCAUUAAACAAUCAUAUCCUUCGAUCUGUGGAAUCCACUGAUAGAAAUUCUUCUAAUACCACUUCUAUUGGUAGUAAUGGUAAUAAUAAUGAUAUUGAUUUUGAAAUUCAUCCAAAUAUGUCAGCACGUUGGGUUCUGCUAGGAUUGAAUAGUCCUACACACGUGUCUAUUGUUCAUGACACUUUAGAAGGUGGUAAUAGUAAUAAUAAUAAUGGACAACAACAGACUACUGGUUGUUAUGGAUCAAUUAAAUUAAUUACACCGACUGAAGCACUUCUUCAUUUACAAGAGAUUCAGUCACUAGCUUCUCGUCUGAAGGGUUUAAAUGCUGAUGGAUCUCAAUCAACUUCAUCGGCUACUAUUCAUUCCAUUUCACAAUUAUCAUCAUCCAAUAUGAUGAGAUGUGAUUUUAACACGAACCAUAAUAAUAAUAUAUCAAGUAGUGAAUCAAAUCAUUUAUUAAUUGGAAUAA